UUUAUUUAUUUAUUUAUUUAAGAAAAAAAAAACUCUCAUCUAACAUCACUCAGCUGCCCGUGCCUGUUCUCCCAAAUACCCAAAUAGCUUUCUUUUCUCUCUAGAACAAAUCUCCUCAAUUCGGUGGAUUGAAGCACGAGUGAGAUCUGCUCUUAAGGGUUUCUUUCAGUCUCGAUUUCUUCCUGGAGAGUCGACCAGAGACUUUACUUUACGGAUUCUUCUUGGCAUUUUUACCUCUAUUUUCAAGUCAAGCUCCUGUCUUAUUUGAAUUGAUAGAGAACAGGGGUAGAUGAAUAGAUGGAUUGACUGAGGAAAACAGUCAGUUAAUUAGAGGAUUUUUGUUGCCUUGGUGGCAAUGAUUUACACUGCAAUUGAUAACUUCUACCUAACUGACGAGCAGUUACAGAACUCACCAUCUAGGAAAGAUGGAAUUGAUGAAGCCACUGAAACUACCCUCAGAAUCUAUGGCUGUGAUCUGAUCCAAGAAAGCGGAAUUUUACUCAAAUUACCUCAAGCUGUGAUGGCCACUGGUCAAGUUCUAUUCCAUCGUUUCUAUUGCAAGAAGUCAUUUGCCCGAUUUGAUGUCAAGAAAGUUGCGGCUAGUUGUGUGUGGCUUGCAUCUAAACUAGAGGAAAGCCCUCGGAAGUCGAGGCAAGUCAUUAUUGUUUUUCAUAGAAUGGAAUGCAGGAGAGAGAAUUUACCUAUAGAAUUUUUGGACCUAAAUUCAAAGAAAUUUGCAGAGUUGAAGGUAGAACUGAGCAGAACAGAAAGACACAUAUUAAAAGAGAUGGGUUUUGUUUGUCAUGUUGAGCAUCCCCACAAAUUCAUUUCAAACUACCUUGCCACCCUCGAAACACCUCCAGAAUUGAGACAAGAAGCUUGGAAUCUUACAAAUGAUAGUUUGCGUACAACCUUGUGUGUUCGUUUCAAGAGUGAGGUUGUGGCUUGUGGGGUUGUAUAUGCUGCUGUGCGUAGGUUCCAGGUACCCCUUCCUGAGAAUCCACCAUGGUGGAAGGCAUUUGAUGCGGAUAAAUCUGGGAUUGAUGAAGUUUGUAGAGUUCUGGCUCACUUGUACAGCCUUCCCAAGGCAAAGUACAUAUCAGUCUGCAAGGAUGGAGAUUUUUCUUUUUCUAGCAAGUCCUCAGAUUCACAACUGCAAUCAGUUCCAAAGGAAGUUCUGCAGGGUGGCUCACCAGCUAAUGAUGUUGUUGCCCCUAAGGCAGCCUCAACUGUUGUUAGUGUUGAAUCUGGCGGUUCAAAGGGUGCAAUAAAAGCAGCUCUAGACAAGCUGAAGGAAUCUAAGAAGAGUGAUGAUGAGUCCAAGUCUGCAAAUGGGGAGGCAAGAGAUGAGCCCAUUCCAAGGUCCAAGUCUGAGCACAGAGCAGAGGCAAGUGGGGACCGGAGCAAGGACAGGGACAGGGACAGGGACAGGGAGAGAGAGAGGGAUAGAAUAAAGGCCCAGGAUCGUGAGAGGAGCAGAGAUUCUGAUAGGGAAAGAGAGCGAGAGGAGGCUGAGAGGGACAGAGAUAAAUCCAAGGAUCGAAGUCAUCGUUCAAAGGAUAGAGGAAAAGAUUCAGGACAUCUAGAGAAAUCAAGAUAUCUUUCAUCACGUGAUCGUGACUAUCACAGCUCUUCUUAUUCGUCGAGGGAUAAGGAUCGUCACAGACACCAUUCAUAUGCUUAAAACUCUCGUUGAGAAUGGUAUAGACAAAGAAGAUAAUGGAGCAUGGAGGAAAUACCUCCAGUGUAGAUGAGUGGUUGAUAUCUUAGAUGGAACACACAGGUAUUGCCUAUAAGAGUUAAAAAGUAUUGGUAUUAUCUUGUGCACUAACAUUGGUUUUAUGCAGGAUUUUUUUUUUUUUUUUUUCCCUUCCAGUGAGAUUCUUGGCUGCAAAAUCAAGGAGGUAAGGACUUGUUGUCUCUCCUAUAAAUUUAAUCUCUUUGUUCAAAAAAUUUACCCUAGAUUUCCUGUUUCGUUAUUGUCUGCUCCAAAACUAACAUAACUGUUCUGCUAUUUUAAGGUUGAGGUUGUUGAA